UCUGCUGUGCGCUACGUUCUAACUGUCAACAUACCAGCACUUUUGAACAACUCAUUCGUACACGCAUAUGUAUCUAUAUUAUAUUGAAAGAUUCAGACUUUUCAAGAUUUCAAUUAUCUGGGUCUUCUUAAGUUUAAAGAAAACGAUAAUCCUAGCAGCUUCCCCUUCAUUUCAGCAAUGGGGUGUGUUGACUGUUAGCUGCAAGACUCUUACUCACUGGAACAAAAGCUCUGCUCUCUGCCAUGGAUCUUUUUGAAAUUCCAUCCCUGUUUAAUCUUCCAGAAGAGGUGAGUUUCUCUACUGGCUUAAAUAUGUAUCUGGUGGAGAGCAGAGGUGGUGCUAUAGCGUGCAUGUUUCUCUCGCUGUUCCUAUUGGGCACCUGGCCUGCUGUUUUUACCCUCCUGGAAAGACGAGGCCGUCUUCCUCAGCAUACUUACCUUGAUUAUACUAUCACCAACUUUUUAGCUGCUGUCAUCAUUGCUUUCACAUUUGGGGAACUCGGCGAAAGUACCGCUGAAAACCCCAACUUUCUAAUCCAACUUACUCAGGUUAACUGGCCAAGCAUUUUGUUUGCGAUGGCUGGUGGGGUGGUUCUUAGUCUGGGGAACCUCUCAACACAGUAUGCUUUGGCAUUUGUUGGCUUAACAGUAACUAAUGUGAUAACUACAAGCAUAACGGUGGUUAUAGGAACAAGUUUGAACUAUUUCUUGGAUGACAAAAUUAAUAACGCUGAGAUUCUUUUCCCUGGUGUUGGAUGCUUCCUAAUGGCUGUGUGCUUUGCCUCGGGUCUCCAUGCAUCUAAUGAGAAAGACAAUGAAGCAAAAUUUAAAACCUUAGCAAAUAAUAAGAUAGAGGAAAUUGGAGAACAAGUUCCCAUUUAUAAAGAAAUAUGUUUGAUAUCUGAUGCAAGAGAUAUAGAGAAUGUUCUUGGCACGACAGCGAAGGCAAAAGUUGGAACUGCUGACUUUCUUUUAGAAGUUGAAAACAGGAGGGCAAUUAAGGUAUUUGGGAAGAGCACCUACACUGGUUUGGGCAUAACUUUCUUUGCAGGACUUUGCUUUUCUCUAUUUUCUCCGGCAUUCAACCUAGCAACAAAUGACCAAUGGGAAACUUUGAGGGAAGAUGUCCCUCACUUAAGUGUGUACACAGCAUUUUUCUGGUUUUCGAUCUCUUGCUUUGUGAUAGCCAUCAUUCUAAACAUCAGCUUCUUGUAUCGACCUGUUCUGAACUUGCCUCGAUCAUCAUUUAAGGCUUAUCUGUCAGAUUGGGAUGGAAGAGGUUGGGCAUCACUGGCCGGACUUUUAUGUGGCUUUGGUAAUGGUCUCCAAUUUAUGGGAGGUCAAGCUGCUGGGUAUGCAGCAGCAGAUGCUGUCCAGGCUUAUCCACUUGUGGGCACAUUUUGGGGAAUUAUACUGUUCAGAGAGUACCACAGAUCAUCAAGGAGAACUUAUACAUUGCUUAUAAUAAUGUUGUUAAUGUUCAUUGUUGCUGUUGGAGUGCUCAUGGCAUCGUCUGGGCAACGGAAACGACUGUGAAGUUGUAAAAUUUGAGUUACCUGUAUCACAAAAACUAAAAGGCAGAUUGCUGUGUAAAUGAAAACAAGUUACAAAUUAAUUGAAGCUUCAUUUGCUGUUUAAGUUUAA